UUCUCUGCUAGUUUGAAUAGUAUCACAUCCACAUUUUUUUUGCCAAUCACAUUCACAUCUCUCUCUGCUCUCCUCUCCUCCAGAUCUAGCUUUAGACGACUAGCUGGGCAGCAUCUGAAACAGGCUACCUUCAGGUUAUCAGUACUCAUAUUAUAUAACUGGAGAUGUCAAUGGAUUCCCAAGUUAGUAGGAGUUGUACAGAAAGUGAUCUUGAGAGCAUGCUACUUGAUGAAGCCAUGGAGCCCAUGGCCCUUCCGUUCUCACUUUUGGAAAAAAUCACAAAUGGUUUUGCUUAUAAGCAGGAAAUUGGUAAAGGUGGGUUCUCAGAUGUUUAUCAGGCAAUGCUUAAGAAUGAGGCUGUAGCUGUAAAGAGGCUGCGCAACACUUAUAUGUAUGAGAACGAAUUCCAACGAGAGGUUGAAUGUCUCAUGAAGGUGAAGCACAAAAAUAUAGUACGAUUCCUUGGAUAUUGUUCUGACACACAAGGAAAAAUGCAAAGGUACAACGGAAAAUUGGUCAUGGCAGAUGUACAAGAAAGAUGUCUCUGCUUUGAGUAUGUGCCCGGAGGAAGUCUUGAUCGUUAUAUUGGAGAUGCAUCUGGUGGGCUUCAAUGGACAACACGUUUCCGGAUAAUCAAGGAGAUAUGCGAGGGGAUACAUUCUCUCCACGAUAUAAAUAUUAUGCACCUAGACUUGAAACCUUCAAAUAUACUCAUCGAUGACAAUGACAAUUUUACUCCAAAAAUAACUGAUUUUGGCCUGUCGAGGAGCUUUGAAGAAAUGCAAACCCGAGUGGUUGCUUCAAAAAUGUUCGGGACAUUAGGUUAUUUGGCACCGGAAUUCACCAGCGGUGUUAUCACACACAAGUUUGACUUGUACAGUCUUGGUGUUAUAAUAAUAGAGAUGUUGACUGGAGGGAAGGAGUGUCAAGUUAUUGAGAAUAUACUUGAAAGCUGGGACAAAAGGAAGCAACAUUGGCAGGGACACUCACAUCGGGAACAAAUACGAGUAUGUGCUGAGAUUGGGAUGGAGUGCACAAACAAGGACCCAGCAAAGAGACCGGUCAGUAUGAAGCAUGUAAUGGCUAGACUUCAUGAGACGGAAAGCACUGAGUACUCCCACGAGCUACUUGAUGACUGCCCGCUGGAGCACUGCUUUUACCCUGAAGUCAGCGAGUCCACCCUCUGUUGGCUGCGACUAACAAACAAGAAAGAUGAACAUGUGGUGUUCAGGCUUAUGAAAAGCAGCGGCGACUCUUUGUUGUGGUGCUCAGUCCACGAGAUGUACGGUGGUGUUCCGCGCAGAUCCUCUUGCACUUUGAUUGUGACAACGGAAGAGAAGAAGCUAGCCCAAACAACGGGCAGCUAUCUUGUCAUACAAAGCAGUAUAUCCUCGGAUAAAAACGUCAUGCUACUCAAAGACCAGUAUACCUGUACUAAAUUUUUCGAGGAAGCCAAAGAGUUGGGGCAUGCGGUGCAUGAAGUGGCAAUAACAGCUUUUUAUACCCGGCGACAAAGGGAUAUGGCAUCUGAGCAGGCAGGCAGACCAACAGUAACGAAGCCCAACUUCCUGAAGUAUUAUGAAAUUUUGUCUUCCAUGGAUGCACAUUCAACCGAGCCAUGGAUUGUAAUUGGAUGUAUCAACGGAAAUGUUACCGUAUGGAAUUAUGAGAGCGAGACAACGAUGGGUUCGUUUAAAAUCUCAGAGGAACCAGGCAUGCUUUGUUUCUCACACCUCUCUAACUAACCUUCUCUCGUACUGACACUGGCGUGCAAAUAAUUAAAGCACUCUCACUGCAGUUGGGUGCAUCAAAUUUGAUACAACAAAGAAAUGGAUUGUGUGUGGGACUGCUGAUGGAUUAAUCCAUGUGUAUGAUUGUGUCUGUGUAACACAAAUACAAAAGAUCGCGAGUUUCGAAACUCUUGAUAGUUUCUUGGAUGUUUCAAUGGCCAUUCAUGCAGUUAAGCCGUAUGUGUUGUCAUCAUCAAUGGAACUAUGGGACGGGGACAAGGGCUGGGAGUGCACACAUAAAUUUGGGGUCUAUGGCAUGUGUAA